AUGGAGAACCUCUCUUACUCUUCGUACCCAGACUCGCAUGACUCCUCUCCUCGCUCUCGAGAAAACGAUGAUAACUCAUCAUGGGAAGAGCCCGCAUCCAACAACUACAAGGUCAAGUUCAUGUGCAGUUAUGGAGGCAAAAUCCAGCCCCGGCCCCAUGAUAAUCAGCUCGCCUAUGUCGGUGGCGACACAAGAAUCCUUUCCGUCGAUCGGAAUAUUAAGUUCUCUGCCAUCAUGGCUAAACUGUCGUAUUUGUGUAAUGAUAAUGAUGUGUGUUUCAAGUAUCAGCUUCCUGGUGAGGAUCUCGAUGCGUUGAUAUCGGUUACAAAUAAUGAGGAUUUGGAACAUAUGAUGAUGGAGUAUGAUCGCCUCCACCGUGCCUCCGCAAAGCCUGCCAGGUUGAGGUUGUUCCUUUUCUCGUUGAAUCAGUCGCCGUCGGAGGCGACAGGAGGAGGGUUUGGAGGUGGUGGUGAGGUGAAGCCGGAACGGCAGUGGUUCGUGGACGCUUUGAAUUCUGUACAGGUGCAGCCUCUCGAAAAUUCAUCUCCCCAGGCGGUGGUUGCCGGGACCGUGCCCGCGGCAACCGGCGAUUUCCUGUUCGGGCUGGAGAAGGGGUUCCCGGCGGUUCUGCCGACGAAAUUUCAGGAUCCACCGCCACCGGUUCUUGUAGUCCAGGAUGCCGUAGCCAGGGAUGUUUCUGUUGGAUCUGACUGUGGAUCCGAGGAUCGGCACGUUAUUGGAGAGCCUGUAUUGCCUUCUGUGGAGAUUCAGAGGCAGAUCCAAGAAUUGCAGAGAACGCAAAUUGCUACUGCUCAACAAGAGCAGGCUAUUUUGCAGAGAAAAACUGAUGAGGGAAACUCUCGUAUGUAUAAUGCUGGCGACUAUUUCACAACUCAGAAAUUGUCCGAGAAAGUCCUGCCAACUGCGGCACCGGCGCCGGUACCGAUGCCAAUUCAGGCUGCUUACUAUCAGGAAAGGCACAUGACAACUGCCGGUUAUCCUGUACCCGCUGCUCAUGCGGCCACUGGGACUGAGCAGCAAGUAUAUCUGAUUCAAACUGCGUCAGGAGUCUAUCAAGCACCAGCACUCCGGCCGGUGACAGGACAAGUUGGUCAGCCUUAUUAUGGAGUUCAAAGGGUAGGCCAAGAUGUGUACCGGGAGCAGCAGAUGUACAGUCCAGUGCCACCACCGACAGCUUCAUUUCAGCAGCAGCCAAAAGUUGGGGGUUAUACUGAAGGGAUUGGAAUGGUGCAGCCGAACACUGGUGUGGCCGAGCCUGGCUAUGUACAGGUUGGAUAUGACGGCGCGGGAAGGCAAGUGUACUACACAACGGCUGCCGGGGUGGUGCCGCCAUACCAGGCAGUGGCUACUGCUGAUGGGAGACAGGGCGGUGGUGCAGUGAAUCAAGAGGGCAAGGUUGUUCAAAAUGCCAAGCCUACGCAAAAUUCUUCGGUGUGA